GGUGAAAAAUCCGCAAUUUUGUUUAUAGACUCUUUGUUGCAAAGAAACACAGCUCUGAAAUUCGACACCAGCUGUUCAUUAGGAAGGCUCGGUUGGAAGAUGACGGAGCGUAAUAAUGAUAAUUGAACAAUAAGUUUAAGAAAUCGACUUCUUUGUUUAUUAAAAGACAUAUAUCAAAUGAUUUGUGUAAUGUAAAUUAAGUUGUUUUUUUGUUUUUUGUUUUUUUUUACUCUCUAGUAUAUUCUGUUUAUUGCAACUCCUAUGUUGAUACAAUAACCCUUAGGCAAUAAAAUCAUUUAUAUUGGUUUUCUUCUUUUCUUUCUUCUUUUUUUAAUUGACUGCUGAUCACUGGGGCAUGAUAAACAGGUUGAAAAACCAAUAAGGAAAUCGUUACUAGAUUUCCUUCAUUAAUAUGCAGCAUUUGUAAAUGACAUAAAAGGAUUCAAACCGUUUCAUUUUGCGACAUAUGGGUAGUAAUGGAAGUCCGCGUCAUAGUCAGGAAUUGAAGCACUCGAUCAACUACAAUUCCUUUUUUUUCAACAAAGGGUUAGCUCCAAGGACUAGUGGGAAGCUGAGCCUCCCUGAAGAUUUUCUGUGCAAACCAGAUGCCUGUAUUGGAUUAAGAUGCAGGAUUAGGGGGUAGUUGUUGCAGACAAGUCGUUCAUUUUGUUAUGCAGUUGCUUUGAGAACCUUGUGUAAACUUUUGAAGACUAAAGUCUUUGAGACGGUUUCUGUGUUGUCUUUGUUCUCUGGUGAUUAACUAAAUUGUAUGAGUGCUACUUCAUGGGUCAUCUGAGGGAAUGAGGGGAACCCGGGAAGGGCUGAUUUAAAUGGAUUAUUUUAUACUGCAUCCCACUGGGAGACUGUCAGGAUUUCUGGGCAUGACAUAAAAACUGCGGCAACAUGGGUCACGGAAAACCCUUUGAAGGAUAAGAAGGCAAAUAUUGGCGUUAUUAAAGAUAAGUAAUUUAUUAUGAAUCUUCAACAUGUUCAAUAAAACGAUAUACCUCCUCUGUGUUGUGCAUGCGGAGCCAGAACAUUUUAGAUUCUAGGAGGAUUUUAACUACAGCACCGGUAAGGUAACGUGACAUAUAGAAUAGAAUACUUUAUUUCUAAUUCAGAGUCCAAAAUAGACAAACAUGAGAUGAUUACAGCAAUGAAGAGAAGAGAUGCCAAACGAUUAAUGAAAUAACAAUAACUGACAAGGCAAACUCAAGAUUAAAUGAUAGAAUACAUGUAUAUAUAUUUAAUCAUCAAGAUUAACAAUUAAAUUCUCUUUGAUAAACUCUUGAAGACGGUUUCGUUUUAAAUUUGGAUUAUUAUUUCGUAUGGGAUGGGAAGGGGGUGUUUUUUAGGAGGAAAUAGUACUACUAACUCCUGUAAGGUGUCUUGCUCGAUGUGCAUCUCGAUAUUUUCCUGGAAUUUCAGACAAUUUACCCCCCCCCCCCCCCUCUGUCACGUAAUCUGUUCGGUUGACGUUGAAGAAUGAAAUAUAAACGGUGGGUAGGCUUUAAUUGUCUCGAGUGUUAUUUUCACAUCUCUUGUUCAACAAGCUCUAGGUUGAAUGUUUCAGCUCUCCAUAUCGUCCUCCCCUGUUCUCUUUCAUCCUGUCUCUAUCUCUCGGCUUUAUUCUCUAAUCUCAAUCAAUAUCACGAAUUACCAAGCUUAACAGAAGCAGUCCAAAAAUGUCGGUACCAUUUAACAUCAAAGUUUUGCGGUAAUAAUUCGUCCAUUGAUUUUGCGUCUUUUCACAACUUUUAAACACUUUUAUAUUUAUGCAUAGCUAUUGAUGACGAUUACUAACGAUAUUCAGUUGAUCGCAGGUAGGCGUAUCAGUAGAAUGCAGACUGGUAGCAAAGAAAUUGCAAAACAUGGUUUCUAAUUUAUUGCAGAUUUUUCUGAAAGAGACAAUCUAUCAUUCUGUUUAGCUGUUUUUCAUUUACUGUAACAACAACUUGAUAGUUUUUGUGAGGAAUCUCUCUUCUUGUGCAAUACCAUAAACACGCGAUUAAAUACAUGAUAUGCAUUGUAUAUAGUCUUUCCAAUAUUACUAGUACUGUUGCCACAAACGUUGAAGCAGCAAGGUGCUCUCUAUUAACUUUGACCCUCCUGGGGGGUCAAAGUGCAGUGGACAACCCUGAUAAGCCUGGUGGUUAAUUACACGCCUAUUGUAUUAAUUUGCAGGUAUGAUGAGCUAGAUGAUGGAUGGCCCUAUCUACAACAGAGAGCAAACAAAGCAUUGUGGGAUAUAAGGCCGGUGUCCUGGCAGACAAUUACUGAGAUUCUGAGCACACCGUCAUAUGCUGAUAGCUUCUAGUCUUACAGCACCUGUACGACAGAGCAGCGAGGGCAUUCGUGAAUUCUUACCUGACGGAGGGGUUGCAUCACCCUGUUUACAAGAAUCAACAAAACAUAUACGUGUUUUGCUGAAUGAUUUUUACAAGAUUGCACUAGGAAUUGGAAUAAAUAAAAUUUGGAAAUCCCUGCAAGGAGUGGGGGACAAAACAUUUUGGGGGGAAACACCUAAUACUUUGUAACUCUGUCUGCUUUUGAGUUGGAGUGAGAGUGAACAAAUCUUUCAACGAAGAAAGUUUUCCUAUAAAAGUGCUUUAUAUCUGGGAUUAAUUCCUCAUGGCUGUGUAGAUCUGCUGUGAGUCUGAAGCUGUACAGUGACAUUAUGGAGACUAGCAUUGUUUGGAAUUGCUUGGUGUUCUUGGUGUGUGCUAGUUUACAAGGAUGUUUAGCAAAGCCAAUGGAAAACAUAUAUGCCAGUGCUUGCAAUGAUGAUGAAAUCACUCUGGAAUGUCCAGCUGAAAACAAGAUUGCCAUCAAAAGGGUAUAUUAUGGAGCAAAACUUGAUGCCAACUGUGCAAAGCGGGGCCCGCUCUGGUCGUCAGGGUGCUGUGAACGAGGCAAGGCAGAUUGUUUGGUUCCCAACUCUGACAUUUACACCACAAUGAACAUUCGCUGCUCUGGGUACAAGUUCUGUCAGACAACCGUUGAAAGGAUUCGAACCAAGAGCCACUGCGACCGGAAGUUUAAAUACACCACUUACAUGACCGUGGUCUACAGCUGUAUUGCUGAUUCAGACACCGCCCAGUUUUGUAACAAUGAAAUCAAACAAGGGAAAGAACUCUACCUGUCGAACCAGGACUACCCCAAGCCGAUCAAAGGAGGCGGCCAAUACUGCAAGUGUCUAGUGAGAUCUAACGGCGGAAUCUCCAUCAACAUCAUCGACAUCAUGAUAACCAUGCCGGAGAAGACCGACACUUGUCCGCAGCAGCUCCACAUCUCGGACUCGUCGUCGCUGCCAAACGUCGUCGUCCAGUGUGGGCAGAGUGGCAUGUACGGGUUCCGGAACCUCUAUCACCGGAUGGUGACCAAUCUGACCGCUACGCUGGACAGCCGGGCUCAGGAUUCUAGGGGAUACAUUUGGAUUAACAUCAAAGCCCAGCAGCCUGAGGAUUACGUGGUUAUUUACUGUGGUGAAGCCAUGGACCAGCUUCUGUAUAGGAACGUCACUAAAGUGGUGUCCUCCGACAAUCCCCAGGUCACUGUGUCCUCCCUGGGGACGGUGUCGCCCUCAGGAAAUGGGUCGUUAGCAACAGGCCUUUCAGAGAGCCAGAUUAUUCCUGAUAUGAUUGCCAUCAUAGGUGGGGUAGCAGGAGCAAUGGCUGUCAUUCUGAUUGUGUGUGUGGUGGCCAUCGCGGUCCAUUGUACUCGUGAGAGAGAAAGAAGCAACUUUCCCAAAAUGCCAGAGGUGAUUCCGUCUCCCAUGGUGCGGGGCAAGGUCUACCAUCCAGAGGACAAAAAUGCCACCCAUAAAAAGUAUCACUACGAAGAGGAUCGGUACUGCUCCAUUAAACGCAGCCCCAUGAAGCUGACCAACUUCUCCGACGUGGAAGACGAGGCAGACAAAAAACUUAAAGAGGCUUUCCUUCAAGGGCCAGCCGAAGAGAUCGAACCGGAACCUCCGGUCAUACCAGUCAACCAUGUCAAGGUGAACGGGGUCAUGCCGCGACCACGGAGUCCCGAGUUACCCCUUAUCCUGGAUCCACCCGCGGAUUACUGCUCCGUGCCCGAGAGUAAUGCUGACAAAUAUUUCACAAUGAAUCCACAGAAACCAUUGUCAGAAAUGGCAGAAAUUCGUGUGACAUCUUCACUUCCCCAAAGGGGACAUAAAAAUAAAAAACCCAAAACUGUGACAUUUUCACCAGUUGCUAUGGUGACACCCCUCCCCUCGGGUUCCGAGGAGUCGAUUGGUUCCGAGGGGGAUAGAAACCUAGCGAAUAUCAUAGACUCUUAUCAGUGCCUGCAUGAUGAAGAUGACUUUCCCUCAAAAAAGCCUCUUAUUUUACCCCCACCAAAUGAAACUGGGGAAUUUGCCUCAAUACAUGGCCCCAAUGAGGCGGAGAUAGCAGAAAUGCAGGAACUGUGGAACACACUUGGAAGUCCAUCUGUAACCACGACGAUGGAUGAUGGGGCUUACGACAAUAUAGACUAUUUGUUGGCACAGAAUAAAGCCCAACAUGAAUAUGAGGUUUAAACCCUGCAGCUGUCGGGGGAAAUUUCAUCUUCUAAUCUUUUAUUUCAUUUCCUUUUCUCAUUGUGGGAUAAUGUGUUUGGAAAAACUAGAACUAAAGGUUAUUUGUGGUCCAAAAUCAAACAAUAGUUACAACCUGCUGUUCAUAAAGUGCACUUACAACAUAUUACAUAAUACAAGUAUUAUACUCAGUAGCAGUUAGAUGAAUGGAUUAAAUUAAAUAUUCUUCUGCAGUGAAACAUGAUUACUUUAUUCAGUUAUUUUAUGAUCAUAAUUGUGUAUUAAAGCUUAGAAAUUUAAUUAUUUAUUAUUUCACAAUUUAAAAAGUCGGGGUUUCAUUUUUCUGGCACAAUUAUUGAACUCCUCCUGCAGCCAUGUACAAUGUGUUGAUCACAAUCACUGAAAUGUACUGUACAUACAAUAGUAAGUAUUAUAGUGCAACAGAUUUCCUUACCACAGUCAUAUUAUUCUAAUGUAUUUAUCACUAUUAACCAAGUAUCACAAUUCUAUUGAUUGUAUUCCAAUAUGUCAUGAAGACCAAAUGUCAAAUUAUUAUAUUAAUGAAUUAUACAUGUAUAUAUACACACAUUGCCAAAGACAAAAAACGGUGGCUAUUUUCUAAGAUGUACAAUCAUGAACAUUUCAUUGCAGUCCAUGUACAAUACAAGGUUGCAUGCUCAAAAGAAGAAAAAAACAAUCAAAAAAAUGAAUGAUUUUGUUAUGCACCCUCUAAUUAUUUAUUUGAUCUUGAGAUAUACACAAGCUCAUGCAUUAUUAAUUGGAUUGAGUUAAAUCCCUUGUCAUCUCAUUAUCUUAAGAUACAGGCUGAGUUAUUUGAAUACAUGGUUUUAGUAUUGGAUUUCAAGUUUUUAAAUUUGGGACCCGAUUUCGGUCUAACACGACCAUACUGCAUGAUUAGAAACGUAACUUACACUUGGUUUCCAUCUACACAGUUUAUGAAUUUCAAUUUUAUAAUGAUUAAUUAAAUGUAAUUACCACUUUAUGUAUUUAAAUGUCUUGUAGCUGUGUUCUGUAUCAGGUAUCAAUUAUGACACAAUUAAUAAUUAUCACUAAUUACAAUUAUAUACUUGUAUACAGUUUUAAAUCAAACUUUCUUUGUGGUUUCAUGAAUAAAAUUAAUCCAUUGUAUGAAUAUUUUUUGCAACCAUUUGUGUUCAAUAUUUAAUUAUUGCUUUCAAAAGUUUUGUGUUAUUUAUUUCAUUACAUUUCAAUAAAGCACAUUAAAAACUGGUAAACUAAAA